AUGAAAGUAUUUUUUGUUCUGUUCUUUCUUCUGGAGUUAAUCAUAUCAGCUGUGAGUUUUAUUGCUCUUGAUACAAAUGAGGAAAUAUUUUGAUAUUCAAAUUCAGGAAAGUGCACUUCGAAUGGCAGAUUUUCAAUGUAGCCAAUGUCAAGUUUUUGUUGCUUCGGUUCAUGGAUGGUUUUCUGGUAAAAGACCAAGUCGUCGACAAAUUAUAAAAAAAUUGAAUGGAACUUGCAAAAGAUAUGCCAAGGUACUUUUGAAUUUUUAUUCAACCGGAAUUUCUAAUGUUUUUCAGUAUAAGAGAAGAUGUUUGUCGACUGUGCAAAAUAAUCUGGAGUUUCUAAUUGAUGAAGUCACCAAAAAUCCAUUUGAUGCUUCUGCAUUAUGUGAAUCUCUAAAGGUAACUCAAUUUUUUAAAAGAUAUUUUUUGAAUUUUAUAAAAUAUUAUUGCAGGAUUGUGCACCUUUAACCGAUUCAGUGGAAUUUGAUUAUCCUUCGAAUUUUUAA